GUUGAAACAGUCAAUGACAGUUAUAUGUUGGUUUCUGGAGCACCAUACAGGACCCCAUUACAUGCUGCACAUAUAGUCGACACAGCAUUAGAAAUCAUAGAAGUAACUCUACUCAGUCUCUACUGGCCAGAGUCAAUCGGAAAUAUCCCAGCUAAUAAUAAGAAUAAAACUGUUUAUACAAAUGAAAACUUACAUCUUUACAUUGGAUGUCAUACUGGUCCAAUUGUUGCUGGUGUAGUCGGUUAUAAAACACCACGAUAUUGUUUAUUUGGUGAUGCAGUAAAUACUUCAAGUAGAAUGAUGAGUCAUGGUUCAGUAAGUCAACUUAUCUACUCAC